UUGCCCCCUGCAACAUCUACCCCAGGUCUGGAAAAGUUUGCUGGACCUAUCUGGGUCAUGUCAGUCUCUCUGACGGGGGGAGGGUCCAGGACCAGGCUAGCCACAAACGCAUUAAAACAGCGGUCACGGACCUGACUAAAUGACUCCAAACCCCAGCGACCCGGUCUAUAAGGGCAUCAAUCUUGGUAGCAUCCAAAAAUUCCCUACCACCGAACAACUGACAGUGGCCCUCCUGAACUCUAGUUACAACCUAUGGCGAAAUGUGUCAAAGAACGGUGACAGUGACUGCUGGAUCUGUUUCCCUUUUUCAACAUGUUCCAACAUUGUAGGGGUACCCCUCCCUAUUGACUGGCCACUCCACUCCACGAAUAAUAAUGCGGUCCAUAUCAGCCCCAUGGGGGGAAACAUACCUAUUAUUAAUGUGUCCUCCCCCCUUACCACCACAGCUGCCAACAUCACUAACUCCUCCCUCCCGUACUGUACUCCCUCGGGAAUAUUUCUCUCAUGCCCUCAGGGAAUCAAUUGCUGCCUGACCACUAAUGACUCCCUAGGCUGUAUAUUCAUUCUACUAUCUCCUUCUACCACCAUCUACUCUGAAUCCCAGCUGCAAUCCAUCCUAUUCCCCCAACACUGUGGAGGAAGGGCUACCUUCCUUCCAUUCAUAAUAGGGGCAGGAAUAGCCACAGGGGUGGCAACCGGAACAGCAAGGAUAGGAACUUCCAUAGACUUUUAUUACAAACUCUCCCAAGCCCUGAAUGAUGACAUGGAACGGAUUGCUGACUCCCUCACAGCCCUACAGACACAUGUUACCAGUCUGGCGGCCUUAGCUCUGCAGAACAGAUGGGCCUUAGACCUUCUGACCACCGAAAAAGGGGGGACCUGCCUAUACUUAAAUGAAGAAUGUUGUUACUUUGUUAACCAAUAAGGUAUAGUUACCUCCAGGAUCAAAGAACUCAGGGAUCGGAUUCAAGCAUGGCCGCGAGACAUGUCUUUCUGGGGCUUGGACCCCUACACCUGGGUAACCUGGCUGCUCCCUUUGGUGGGACCUGUAUGCAUAAUCCUCCUUCUAAUCUCAGUUGCUCCCUCUCUUUUCCGAUGCUUGCAGG